UAUAUGCUGGUUCAAAAUUUGCAAAAUAUGUACUUAACGAGGCCGAAUUACACGACUCCAUAUAAAAGCCAAUGCAUUGGCUGUGGCGCCGAAGUACCAGUAAGUUCCAUUCUGGGCUGUCAUUUCAAAGUUCCUCAAAACAAGGAUCUGGACAAACCGCAUUCGUGUGGCUUGCAGGACUUUACUGCAGCAAGCUCGACCUCCUCCAAAAGAGCCAGUUCCCAUCAACAUCAUCGUCAACUAAGAAAGCACAGGAAUGGAUCUCGAAGAAGGCUCAUCAAUUACUUUAAAUGGACUCCAUCAUGUACGCAGAAACGAGCCAAUCCAGAUGUAACGAAACUGCUUCAACCGAAACGAAAAUCGGCGAAGUCUUCGGAGCCUUUUUACAAGGCUGUCAUUUUGAGGGAGAUGAUUAGGUUGGGAAGACAACCCAAUCGAAAAUUCGAAAGGGCUGCAAGAAAAGCUAAUAGUCUCCAAGAAUGGUGAUACUCUGCCGCAGUAGGCAAAUGCCGUACGCUGUUGGAACUGCAGAAGCAUUCAAGCCUUGUUUCAUAAAGAUGCAAGAAGUCUCAGAAUUAAAAUAUUAAGUUCGACUUAAGUUCGAUUGCUUCGAACCAAUUGAAACAGGAACAUCUAGCCAUAACUUUUCAGAAGGGCCAAUGGAAAUUUAAGUCCUUCGUCAGUAUUCAACGCCAACUUUAUGUGCAGUGAGCAUUUCAGACUGCAACGGCUUGGAGGACUCGUAUAAAUAAA